UGGGUUAUGUGCUUGCGAGUGUACAUAAUUUUUUGUGGGAAGCACUCUGUGUCGUGCCCGAGAACCAGCAAGACCAAACCAUCCAUGGCUCCUUCGAUUCGUUCAUGGAGGUUGUGGUCUUUGGCAUUGAUGCUUGCCACAGUAGUUGGUGAAUAUGGUUCAGCUAUGGGUGGCGGGAGCUAUGGUUAUGCUCCCAGCUCCAGGGGGUUUCAACCUAGCCCAUGGUCCCUUGCUCAUGCCACUUUCUAUGGGGACGAGACUGCCUCCGAGACCAUGGGAGGGGCAUGUGGGUACGGGAAUUUGUUCCUCAAUGGGUACGGCACCGCGACGGCGGCUCUGAGCUCGACCCUUUUCAACGAUGGGUACGCUUGUGGGACAUGCUACCAGAUCAAGUGCGUGCAGUCGCCCUGGUGCUUCAGCGGCUCACCUUUCACUACUGUCACGGCCACCAACCUCUGCCCACCCAACUGGUCCCAGGACUCCAACAACGGUGGGUGGUGCAACCCGCCCCGCACCCAUUUUGACAUGUCCAAGCCCGCCUUCAUGAAGAUCGCUCAGUGGAAGGCCGGCAUUGUCCCUGUCAUGUAUAGAAGAGUACCCUGCAUAAAGCCAGGAGGGCUCAGAUUCCAGUUCCAAGGGAACGGUUACUGGCUUUUGGUGUACGUGAUGAAUGUGGGAGGAGGGGGCGACAUCGCCAGCAUGUGGGUCAAAGGAAGCAAGACUGAUUGGAUCAGCAUGAGCCACAACUGGGGCGCUUCGUACCAAGCCUUCUCAAGCCUUGGAGGCCAGUCUCUCUCCUUCAAGCUCACCUCCUACACCACCCGAGAGACCAUCAUUGCCUACAACGUUGCUCCUGCCAACUGGAACGUAGGGUUGACUUACCAAGCCACUGUCAAUUUCCACUAGAGAGAGAGAGAGAGAGAGGGAGGCAGAGAGUCAACACUAAUGAUAUGCUCCCCUUUUGUUACUUUCCUUUUUAUAAGCUAAU